CAUGGACAAUUCGUACAUUUAACGUGAGAACUAUUGGUUUCUUACAACAUAUUGCAUAAAGGAUUCGAAAAAGUUUAGUAUAUCCUAUAUUGUCAGCUACUCACUGUACUGUAGCUAGCUAACUCGUUCACAAACCUUAGUAGCUCGAAAAGACGUUAGCUUUAGCUUGAUAUUCGUAGAGAUAAAUAGUUAGCUAGCUAUAUUUUUAAAUACCCAUGUAUUCUUGCGACGUUACUGUGGCUACGCGCUGUACGGCGAAGACGCACAAUUUCAUCUAGUAGUGGCUAGCUUGACCAUGUCCGUAAAUACCGUUAACCAGCUAGAUAGCCAAUUGUAGUGUGUUGUAGCUAACUGCUGUACAUAUUUGAGUGGCUAACAUAUUAGCUAACACAACGAAGACUAUACAGUACUUCAGCUCUCUGUAGACGGUGAUGGCACCAGACGACAUGGUGCCAGAGCAUGCCAAGCAGCACAAGCUCAAGCAGGACAAGGCGAAGAAGUGUCAGAGCACCAUUAGGCCUGAUGGAGACUGUGAGCCAGAUGGAUCUUUUGUCUUUGAGGCUCAUGAAGCAUGGAAGGACUUCCACAACUCUCUGCGCCAGUUCUACGAAGUAGGGGAACUCUGUGAUGUCACACUGAAGGUGGGCAGCAGACUGAUACCAUGCCACAAGCUGGUACUGGCCUGUGUAAUUCCCUACUUCAGGGCAAUGUUCCUGUCUGAAAUGUCUGAGGCCAAACAGAACUUGAUCGAGAUCAAGGACUUUGAUGGAGAUGCCAUCCACGAUCUGGUGCGGUUUGCCUACUCCUCCAGGCUGACUCUGACAGUGGACAACGUGCAGCCCCUCCUCUACGCGGCCUGCAUACUGCAGGUGGAGCUGGUAGCCAGGGCUUGCUGUGAAUACAUGAAGGCCCACUUCCACCCCUCCAACUGCCUUGCUGUCCGCACCUUCGCCGAGAGCCAUAACCGCGUCGACCUGAUGGACAUGGCGGACCGCUAUGCGUGCGAGAACUUCCGGGAGGUGGUGGACUGUGAGGACUUCCCGUGUGUGUCACCUCAGCACCUGAGAACCCUACUGUCCUCCAACGACCUGAACAUCCACUCGGAGACGCAGGUGUACAAUGCUGCUGUCAAGUGGCUGAAAGCCAACCCCCAGCACCAUGAGGCCUGGCUGGACCACAUCAUGUCUCAGGUUCGGCUCCCUCUGCUUCCUGUGGACUUCCUCACAGGAACAGUAGCCAAGGAGGACAUGAUCAAAGCGAACUUAAGCUGCCGAGACCUGCUUGACGAGGCCCGGAACUAUCACCUGCACCUCAGCAACAAGGUGGUCCCGGACUUCCAAUACUCUUUCAGAACCAUGCCCAGGAAACACACUGCUGGUGUAUUGUUUUGCGUGGGUGGUCGGGGAGGUUCUGGUGACCCAUUCCGCAGCAUUGAGUGUUACUCAAUCUGCAAGAACAGCUGGUUUUUUGGACCUGAGAUGAACAGCAGAAGACGCCAUGUUGGAGUCAUCUCAGUAGGAGGUAAAGUGUAUGCAGUAGGGGGCCAUGAUGGUAGUGAACACCUGGGCAACAUGGAAAUGUUUGAUCCUCUCACCAACAAGUGGAUGAUGAAGGCUUCCAUGAACACGAAAAGGAGGGGGAUAGCUCUGGCAGCUUUGGGAGGCCCUAUCUACGCCAUCGGGGGUUUAGAUGAUAAUUCGUGCUUCAACGAUGUAGAGCGAUACGACAUUGAGAGCGACCGCUGGAGUGCUGUGGCACCGAUGAACACGCCUAGAGGUGGAGUUGGAUCUGUGGCCUUAGGGAGUUUUGUCUAUGCUGUUGGAGGGAACGACGGUGUGGCAUCUCUGUCCAGCGUGGAGAGGUUUGACCCCCACCUCAACAAGUGGACAGAUGUCAGGGAGAUGGGCCAGAGACGGGCUGGGAAUGGAGUCAGUGAGCUCAACGGGUGCCUUUAUGUAGUCGGUGGAUUUGAUGACAACUCUCCGCUGAGUUCUGUGGAGCGAUUUGACCCCCGCCUCAGCCGCUGGGACUAUGUGUCUGAACUGACCACACCACGAGGAGGAGUGGGUGUGGCCACUGUCAUGGGUCGUGUGUUUGCAGUUGGAGGCCACAAUGGGAACAUCUACUUAAACACAGUAGAAGCCUUUGACCCUCGUAUGAACAGGUGGGAAUUGGUUGGGUCUGUAUCUCAUUGCCGGGCUGGCGCAGGAGUGGCAGUCUGCUCGUCCCACAUUAGCCAGAUCAGGGAUGUAGGUCAAGGCUCCAGCAAUGUGGUCGACUGCAUGUGACCGCAGUUUAACCAGGAUGUCUGACCGACCGCACAUGACCAACACAUCCCCGAACCCCACGCACAAGCACUCAACCAACACUGCAUGUCACUGACUAGAAGCGGUUCCCUUUAGCAAGUGUAGACAGUAAAUAGCCUCACUAUAUAUCAUGGUUGCACAGUUAUUACCCCUAGCUGAAGACAUAGAGGUUGAUCCACAAACAGUCAAUAUUACAAUAUUUUAUAUUUUUUGUGCUGUUUGCCUAUGCAAUUCAGUGAUGGUGUAAAAGUUGUAGUGUGUUUUCUUUGCUUUUUUCUGCUUUGGUUCCUUAUCAAGACAACAGAUGACUGAAAUACAGUAGACCAUAUUAUAGGCAGGGAUGCAUAUCAAGUGUUUUGUAUUUUUAUCAUUUUUCAUUACUUAUGCACAGUCCCUAACUUUCACAUCCAUCCUUGUCUGGCAAAUUAACUUAGAGUGCUUCAAAUGUUUCUCACAUAAUAUAGUGUGAGAGAGUGCAUUGUGAAGUUUGGACAGUAUCUUGAGAAGAGAACACUGAAGUGAAGCAGCAGUUUACAGAAAGAUGCUUAGAAUAGAAUAUGCUCAGCAAUGCAAAAACCAUCUUUAGACAUUUUAUUAGCUAGCUGUAGGCCUGUAUGUGCAUUUGAACAAUCAUUCCUGAAUGACUGAGUAUCAUUGGGAUGUAUAAACCUAAGGUCUUUGACAAAGUUGGAUUGAUGUGCUGCAAUUAAGUGUGAUGCUACCAGACUGCCUUUGGUACCAGAUUAAGUGUGUGAAGAUUUAAAAGUUUUGAUGGAUUAGUGCUGUCCCUCUAGAUCCUGGGUCAUAGCAGAGUCUAUUUUUUGCUACAAGAUGGCCGGUCUGUCAUUAACAAGUGUGCUUUGAGAUCACUGUUAAUUUCAUCGCCUAUUUUAGUACAAGCUUUUAUCCAUAUACUAACACUCUGGACAACAACCCUAAUGUAGUUGGAUAAUGCUUAUUGAUUCUGCACAUAAUGGGAGGUUAAAGGUAUUCUAAACAUAUCAUAGAAAAAAAAAAUUGGAUUGAAAUGUGACUGAAGUCUGUCAUUUUUGUGUAUAAUUUUAGUCAUUGCUUUUUUCUUUGAAAUAAUGAAUAUUUGGGCUCUUCCAUCAUGUGCACAAUCUGAUAGCCUUGUCUAACUACAGUAGACCUGUUGUCCAGAGUUAUGGUAGACUGAUAAAAAUGUAUAAAAUGAUUAAAAAGCUGACAAAAUGAACACUUUUAGACAAGUGAAGAAAUUAGUCUUGUAUCUGCCAAAUUGUUAAUAUAUUUUCUAAUAUAUGGAGUUUUGUAUUAUGACAAGUGUGUAUCUUGUGUGUUAUUUUGGAUAUUGUUGUGCACUAUCUUCCUAGAAUAGUCAGGUGCUUAAACUUAUUGUCCAAUGGACAUGUUGCUUUUUUCAAAAUGGUUUGACAGAGUUUCUGUCCUGUUUUGAGGCUUUGGGUUUAAAGCUUUUUCCUUGUUUUCUUGUAUAUUGUUCUGACCACUUAACAGAAUUUCAUGUUGUUCUGGAUUAUAUUUUUAGCCUGCUGUUGGUCAGCACAUAUAAAGACUUUGAUUUUGAAACAACCAUUUUUAAAUAGAUGAUAUAUAUUUGCUCUUGUACACUCCAUUAAGGGAAUAUAGAAUUGUUGCACUGUUAGUUUGCUCUAUUCUACUGGCAUGCCAACAUUGAUAUAGAAAGUGUAAGAUUGUGCUUUUGUACCAUGGUUGAUUGUAUGCGGUUUGUUUUUAUAGUAUUUGUCUUUUUUUACAGUUUGUCUUCAUUUUAUUUUUGUUGUUACUAUAAUAUAGCUUAAUAUAGCUCCAACAUGUCAAUAAAAUAUUUUACUUUACAAAGAUAUUGUACUUCAGGUUUGCACCAGAUCUUUAAAGAUGGGGUGCACCGCUCUGUUUCAGUCUGUUGGCUAUAAUCAGUUCACUAAUUGUGAGCUUUUGAGAUGGAAGGAGAUUUCAGCUGAAGACCAUGUCAGGUUGGUUGCACAAUCGGAUUGCCUUCAGAGGGCCCAUAAGUGACAGUGAUUGGAUAUAAAUCUUGUCCAGCAUGUUCAUGUCUGUAUUAGUGAAAAGUAUUUUUGAUUAAAUAAUAAACCAUCUUGCAAGCUGUUUACCAUGAAACAAGUUACCUCUCAAAGCUGUUUUUAUGUCAUUUCUGUCUGUGGGGAAAACAUUACCAAGGAUUUUACAACUAUUAAAUAUUGCCUGGAUUAUGCACAUAGCAAAAUAUGAACUAACUUGUUACAAUGCUGAAACAGUGACGAGCUUCGUAUCUAAUCCUAAUUCCUAUUACCAUCUCAGGAAUGAAGCUAAACUUAAGCCUGCUGCAUUGACAUGGGCAAAAGUAUGUGGGCAUCACUAUAUGAGCUUUUUGGACGUCCCAUUUAAAAACCAUGGAGUUGACCCCCACUGCAGCUCUAACAGCUGCCACUUCCCUGCAAAGUUGGGUUUUUGGGGAUGUUGAGAAAAAGGGCAGAGUACAGUAGGUGAGCCGAGGGUUUCGGGGGCAGCAGCCGUCAACUGAUCAACAAUCUACACCAGGACCUGAGACGGAUGACGUACAACUACCCCCCUCCCCCAUGGUGUUUGUGUAUGAACCAAACGAAGACCCCAGUAAAACAGAUAACUUUCAACAGCUCUGCGAAGAAAUGGGGAGGGCCUACAUAGACCCCAAAUAAGGACUAUGGGAGGGGUGGUAAAGUCUGGGGUCAUGUGAUAAUGAUAAACCAAUCAUUGAACAAUGUUGUAUAAUGUGUAUAACCUUCAUACACAAAGGGAGGGGACUGAAAGAUGAUAUUAUGGUAAACCAAUCAUUGUACAGUUACGUAAAAUGUGUACCUCCCUCAUGAACCUCAUGAAUAAAAAACGUUAUAAAAUUG